AUGAAGGAAGCUCGGCAACGUGCGAAGAAAACUCAAAUGCGGUCAGCUGAAGAGGAACCGCAUGUGGAAGACUUCCUGAUGGAGUUUGUGCCCCCUGAGCCACCGAUCAUACCAGAAGGACCCGCGUUAGGCCGUGAAGAGAUGGCGGUUUUGGACGUUCAGCUCAACCCACGUCCAUUUCAGCCAUUGGAUGAUCCACAGGCACUACAAGACGAAAUUGACUUCGUCGAGGGAGUGCUCGACGACAUCAGCCUUCAUCUGACGCUCGAGCCGUAUCCUUUUCAACCACUGCAAGACCCUACGGUCAUUCAUGGGGAGGUUCAAUUCAUCGAGGACGCCCUCCAGGACAUUGACCUUGGCGAAGAUCCACCGUUCCUUCCUCAAAAUCCCGUCCAAGAUGCGAUUCGGCCUCCACGCCGAAACCCUGUGAAUUACGUCGGACGGCAAUCACGUGCCCGCACUGCCGAGCAAAGUUGA